GAAACACCAGCACCAAGAAAGUGCUGCAGCUGUGUGGAAAACCUCCUGCUUCUACUGGCCUUAAUUCUCUUGUUCUUGUCUCUCCUUACAGUCAAGGGCGUGCGAAACGAACCUGCGUGCUUUGCUGGAAGACUGUAAAUCCAUGGAGGGUGGGACCCUCCAGGUGCUGGCCAUCAGACCCCCCGCCCCAAAGCGUCCGGCAGCCAGCAGUGGAUGAUGAGCUCGGUGCUCUCUUUCUGGAUGAUCACCUGGAUCCAGAUUUCGUGCCUGUGCCCAAGGGACAACCCAGAGGCCCUGCUGGCGAAUCAGCAGAACGGAAUCCUAUCCAUGAGCCUGAGGGGAAUGCUGGAGAUGUGAGUGGAGGAGGUGAUCCAGCUUCCCCUCUGAGUUCCGAGACUGAAACUCGGGCGGAUGGAAUGGGGAUGAAUGCCGGGAAGCAGCAAAGGAUGCAGGGAAGCACAAAGGCUGCUGUUGGCAGAUCUGUGCGGCAGCGCCACGUGGCAGUGAUGGUGCUGUUCUCAGCCGUGCUGCUGUCUGCGCUGGUGCUGGCCUGCGUUGCUGCAUCAUGGCUGUGGAAAAAAUGCCUUGUGUGCAAGGGGGGAGAGAGAGCAGCAGAGCGAGCUCAUCCUGACACCGACUGGGAGGGAGUUCCAAGUGGAGAUGAAGGGAGAGUGGAGCUGGGAGAGGCAACGAGCAAGAUCCUUGCCCAAGCAAACAAGAACCUCAGCGGUAGUUCCAGUCCGUUCCAUUCUGCCAUCCCAGAGGCCAAAGAUCUUCACAGUCAUCUGAAAGACCUGGAAUGUGAACUCCCAGCCAUGAAAGAGGUCCAUGGGGGCAGUGGUGAGUGCUGCUUUCUGUCAGAGGACGGCCCUGAAAGUGAGAGUGGAGGAUCAGCAGCAGAGCGUUUGUCCUUCACCCUCCAUUCCCCGGGACGAGUAUCACCAGUAGUUCGAAGGUUCAUAGCUCGCCACAGCUACAAUCCUUUUGAGGGUCCCAAUGAGGACACAGAAAGCGAGCUUCCUCUGACCGCCGGGCAGCACGUUUAUGUCAUUGGAGAUGUGGAUGAGGACGGCUGGUUUCUGGGAGAGCUGACGGAUGGCACGAGAGGGGUGGUCCCUUCCAGUUUGGUGACAGAGGUUUCAGAUGAUGAGCUGGAGACAACGAUGCCUCCAAAGCUUUGUGAUCUCCUGCUGGAUACGGAUGAUUAUGUCGAUGCUGCCCCUCGAGCGCCACUCAGGCUUCAGGCCCUGUGCCCUCCCUCCCCCCAACCCCUCAUUCCAGGGUAUUUUACUGCCUUCGCCCCACCCCCUCCACGGGUGGCCCACAACCCCCCGAGUCCCUCGGUCUGA